ACCAUCAUGGCCCCGUUCAGGGAGGUGUUGUGCUGGUAUGUUGUUGUUUUCAAGGCAUCUUGCUUCGUAUACAGCCUCAAUCUUUUUCUUUAGUAAUGAAGCGUCGCGCUCGGUCUUCACAGGGAGGGACCUAUUAGAGCACCAUUGUACAGCACAACCUUACGGACGUGCAGCGGUUGUUGAAUUCAGGAUGAACGACAUGAACCUGAGUGCUGUAGGCAUGGACCAGCUCAGCGUGCCCUCGGUGAGCUCCAACCACCUGGGCCUGCCCACCUCGCCGACACACAACCCCAUUCCCACUCCAGGCAUGUCAGUGGCCAUCCCCAGCCUGGGGCCCUCCCUGGGCUCCCUUCCCUCGGCCCUCUCGCUGAUGCUCCCCAUGGGUCCGCUGAGUGACAGAGGGGUCAUGUGCGGCCUGCCAGAGAGGAACUACUCUUUGCCGCCGCCCCCGUACCCCCACCUGGAGAGCAGCUACUUCCGACACAUUUUGCCAGGUAUCCUGUCCUAUCUGGCAGACCGUCCACCACCUCAAUACAUCCAUCCCAGUAGCCUUAACAUGGAUGGGACCCUGUCGGUGGCCAGCAACAAUCACUCCGGUCUUGAUCCCUACAGUGGCCCCGGAGGCUCACUGGAGCAGGUCCUGGUGCCCAUGGACCCCAGACAGGUGAGCGGCCAAGGAGACCUCCGGCAGACUGGUGCUCACGAGCUGGACUCUACGGGAUUGGCCAUGGAGUCGCGUGUAAGCAGCCCCAUGUCCCCUGACCGAAUGGGAGAGGAACUGGCCACAAUGGACCCCCAACAGCAGCUCGGAGGGGGAAGGCAGCCUCAGCCCCAUGAGGGAUUGACAGGGGUGGACUCAACUGGUGGGGUGAUGCCCCUCCAUGGACCCACUGUUCUGGAACUACCGGCGGUGAUGGAGCAGGAUCAUAUGGGGGGUCGAGUGGGUAACACCGGGGGAGGAGGAGCAGGAGGACUCGGGGAGCAGCUCCACUCAAAUGGGGAGCUGAACGUCGUCAGCGUGGUGCUCGCCGGCUCCAUGGCCAGCCAGGGCCAACUGGAGCCAGUGUCUCUCCAUGGGCACUCUGUGAUGGGCCUGGAGGCAGUGAAUGCGUCCCCCAUCACAGCAGAGGUGUCGCUGGGACCAGAAAACAACCUGGUGCUGGUCAACUCCACCCUGCAGCUAGAGGAUUCUACCUCCAACAAGGAGAACAUGGUCAUCGCCUACACCAUCUGGUGCACAUUGUGUGAGCAAUCGUAUACCUCAGACUGCCCAGAGCAUGGCCCAGUCACCUUCAUUCCAGACACACCUAUCCAAAGCCGGGCUCGCCUCUCACUGCCGCGUCAACUGUGCCUGCGCAUCUCAGUAGCUGACGAACCACUUGGAGUUUUUGCGCGGGAUGUCAUUCCUUCAAGGACCUGCUUUGGACCAAUGGUGGGACAGCACUGUAGCAACGUGGACCUCUCAGAUUGGCCAGAAAAGGACACGCCACAAAUAUGGAAGAUGUACCACAACAAUGUACUGGAAUUCUACAUUGUGACAACGGAUGAGAAUGAGUGCAACUGGAUGAUGUUUGUCCGCAAAGCCAGAACCCGCGAGGAACCGAACCUGGUGGCGUACCCUGCCAACGGUAAACUGUUCUUUUGUACAACCACAGAGAUCCACCCGGACCAGCAGCUGCUCUUUUACUACAGCAGAGACUACUGCAGGCUUAUGGGGGUUCCGCAGGUCCCCGAGGGCCAGAUCUGCCAUUGCGGCAAAGAGUGCUCCUCUUUCUCUGAGCUCAAGUCUCAUCUUGAAAGCCAUAAUAGUAACCACAGCCAUAACCAACAUCCACACGGCCACAGUCCAUCGCAGCAGGAGCACUCUCAGCAACAGCAGCACACUCACCAGGAAGAGAAGCUGACUACUGGGCCCUCGAGCUCCUCCUCUUCGCCAUGGCCCUGCCACACUCCUGCUGCAGGACAAACAAACAGUGACAACAACAGCGGCAGGGCCAGCAGUAAUAGAAACGCUAAUAACGGUACCUCCAGACCAAAAGGUCAGGGUCAUGUAAGGGAGAAGAAAUUCAAAUGUAGCAUGUGUUCCCGCGCUUUCCUCACAUCCACAAAGCUCAACGUGCACUUCAUGGGGCACGUGGGGAUGAAACCUCACAAGUGUGAAUACUGCAGUAAGGCCUUUAGUGAUCCCAGCAACCUCAGGAUGCACCUCAAGAUCCACACAGGUCAGAAGAACUACAGAUGCACGGUUUGCGAGAAGUUGUUUACCCAGAAGUCCCAUGUGGCAUCGCAUAUGCUCAUCCACACCGGUGCAGAGAAGCUCAAGUGUGACCUCUGUGACCGAGCAUUCAUCAGGAAACAUGACCUGACACAACAUAUGUUCUCUCACACACAUGAGCGCCGCAUACAGUGCCCAAAGUGCAACAAACACUUCCUCAAGACCAACCAACUGAAGAAGCACAUGAACUCUCACGAGGGCCGAAGAGACUUUAUCUGUGAGAAAUGCCACAAAGCUUUCCUUACCAAAUAUCACCUCACCCGUCACCUCAAGAUAUGCAAAGGGCCCAAGGCGGAAAGAGCGUCUCGCAAGGAGCAGGAAAUAGAUGAUGAUGAUGAUGAAGAGGAGGAAGAGGAGGAGGAGGAGGAAGAUGAUGAUGAUGAUGGUAGGGGAAGAGGUGGGCAGACACUUGUAGCCAAUGAAGACUGUGGUUUAGAUGUUGGAGGGUAUAACUCUGAAAAGUCCCUCUCACCUCCUCAUUGACAACACUGCCUUUUUGAGAUGUGUCUAGAAUAUUUAUAAUGUUUAUUUAUACGCUAUACUACAGAAAUAAUUUGUAUUUAGUUUUUGCCAAUUAUCAGUUACUUUGUCAAAUUUCCUCUGCAACUUCUAACAUUUCUUCCAUUCCAUUAUCUUGUCACGUCGAUAUCAUUCUUUUGGUCGCUCGGCUACCCAAGGCUGUCUAUCUGUGGGGGCAGACAGGGCCGGUAAAUGGAAAGUUUGGCCUUCCACCUCGACUCCCUCUCGCAACUGUCCAGUGCAACAUGCUUAUCGCUGGCGAUUCCGCAUCAAACUGCCUCUCUAUCUCACGCUCCGUGACUUGCCCCUCCAGCCCCCUCACCAGAAGUUAAAUUUCAGAGCCAGUGCUAGGCGUGGAGCUUAGCCCAAACAUAGGUUGUUGAUACCGUUGCACUUCCACCGAGGUCAUGUUCCAGUUCUUUAGAGCCAGUCUGCGAUGCCAGGGGUCGGCAUGCCUUGAUCUCCGCCCUUUGCCUGACGCCCUGGAUCGUAAUGCACCCAACCCCAAUGUCUAUCUGGACGAUUCGCAUAGGUCAAGGAAUAUCUCAUACUCCGGCCCUUCCUGUGGAAUCACUUUGCCUUUGGAAACCCUGUUGGGAGUUAUUGCCCCCGACAACACAGCUCACAGGUCCCUGGAAAACACAAACGACUCCACCACGUUAUGUUGGUGUCUCAUUGGAUUACGUAGUCAAUACUUUUUAAUAGACACAUUUUACACCAUAUGAAUUUUUCAGUCAAUACAUGUUUAGUUUUUCCCAAGCAUAUUGAUGCAGGUUAAAUUAUAUUUGUCCUAUUUUACAAGUAUUUUGACAAAACACUCUUCAUCUAACUCAGGCCUGUGUAAUAUUGGUUGAUGGAAUUCAUGAAGCGUGAAUUUCAAUUCUUGUUCUUUGUUUUACUAAUAACAUGGGAUGAAUGGUUAAUAUGAAUUUGUAGUUACACAACAUGUCUUAUCUAUGUGUAUAUAUAUAUAAAUAGUACUCGCAUAAUCGUCUGGAUAUGCAAUUACUAAAUCGCCGUGGCCAUUUUUUAUUUAUUAAACCUAGGAUUUCUAAUUCCUUUUAAAAAAUAAUUCUGUGUGAAAGGAAUUGAGCCUCUUUAAAGCCGCAAACCUUGGCAUUGUCAUGUAAUUUCUCAUUGUGUGAAUGUUGACUUAAUGUUAUACUUAUUUAUUUUUUAGCCCUAUCAUAAAUGUAUGCAUUUUGGUGAAUUCAAAUGUACAGUUGUUUCAUGCUGAGUGAUUUAUAUGGUAGUGUUGUGUACAUGACUUUCUACAUAAAUGACUACAUAAUUUGCCUCUA